AUGGGCUGGUGUUUAUCAGUUUGUUGGGCUUUUGUAUCUGCGUGCUGUGCUUGCGUGACGCGCCCGUCGUUGGGAUCUUCUGACGCGAGGUGGUCCGCGGAACUGAUGCCGGAGCCUAGGCUUCUCUCGACAGCGACGCGAAAUCUUUCCGCUGCUUGCCACGUCGACGCGGAACACUAUCGUGUAGAAACCACGCGUCUGGUGGAAAAAAACGCGGAAGUGCAUCAAAGUUACGAAUCCGGCGACGAAGGCAAGGGCGACGCCCAGGGAAGUUCGGGGUCGCAGAACGGCGGAUCGCGUGGCAAGAACUCUGGACGGAACAAGAUGAUGGUGCCUGUGCUGGGCGCUAACGGUGCUACCGGCACCCGCCAGAACGACUUUCCUCUCCGAAUCCUAGUCAUGGGAGACAUGGUGGGAGCUAUUAUUGGUCGUCAGGGGAGUACGAUUCGCCAUAUCACCCAGCAGACGCGUGCCAGUGCGAAUUUCCUCUUCUCUCCAUUUGCCCCUCCUCUCAACUUCAACCUAGAUGCUCUUUUGAGUGUGGAAGAGGGGAGAUUGGAAAGAGUCGAUGCUGUUACGCGUGCUGCCGACAUUUCUAACGAGCUAUGGAAUCUUGAUUUUUUUAUCCUCAGGGUUGAUGUUCAUCGCAAGGAUAAUUCGGGUUCGAUGGAGAAGGCGAUCACGAUUUACGGAAAUCCCGAGAACUGCUCCAAUGCGUGCAAACGAAUUUUGGAAGUUAUGCAAGAAGAAGCGAAAAGCACUAAUAAAGGCGUUGGACCAUUACUCGAGCCCGCUAUUUGUUUCUUAUUCUGUGUCUAUUCUUCCGCGAGUAGUACGGACAUUCCUUUGAAAAUCCUGGCUCACAAUAGCCUGAUCGGUCGCAUUAUUGGCAAGGCUGGGAACGUCAUCAAGAAGAUCAUGCAAGAUUCCGACACGAAGAUCACUGUCUCCAGCAUAAAUGACAUUAACAGCUUCAACUACGAGCGGGUCAUCACGAUCAAAGGCGCGAUCGAAAACAUUUCGAAAGCCGAACAAAUGAUCAGCCAGAAACUCAAGGCUAGCUACGAGAAUGAUCUCCAGCAAAUGACGCCGACGGCCGUCAUGUUCCCGGGCAUCCAUCCUAUGACCAUGAUGUCCACGCCGCUUGGUGCCGGCUAUGGUGCUCGUCCGCCGAUGGGUUUCUAUGGUGGACCGGGUGGUGGACCGCCGGGACCACCACAUCCCUACGGGCCACCGCAAACAUUGUACCCGCCGAUGCAUCCCGGUGGCGCUGGUCCUCCGGGAAUGAUCAAUUCCCAUGCUCCACAAAAUGAAGAGGAAACUGUCUACAUGUACGUCCCGAACAGCGCUGUCGGGGCUUUGAUCGGCACGAAGGGAAGCUUCAUUCGCAGCAUUAUCCGAUUUUCGAAUGCUUCGGUAAAAAUUGCUCCCUUAGCCCAGGAUCAACAGGUCGAUGCUGGGUACGAGCGUCAAGUGACGAUUGUCGGAAAUCCUGAAGCGCAGUGGAGGGCCCAGUACAUGAUUUUCGAGAAAAUGCGCGAAGAAGGAUAUAAUUCCCAUGGUAUGGAGGAGGUCCGCUUGACUGUGGAGAUAUUCGUUCCGUCUUCUCAGGAGGAAGGAGCAGAAACCCGCGUGUGGGCACUGACUCUCCCACGAACGAGUCUCCGACCAACAGUCUUCAAUAAAUUGACAAAUUUCGCGGGAGUGCCUAUGAAGACAGAUGAGAGAAAGCAGGCCUCCUCGCUCUCGAAGUAA